AUGCGCAACUUCGCAGCUCUGGGUCUGCUCGGCGCAGCCGCCCUGGCCGCCGCUUCCGACGUUGUCGACCUUAAGCAGGAUACCUUCAAGGGUUUCGUCGAGGAGAACGACCUCGUCCUCGCAGAGUUCUUCGCCCCCUGGUGCGGACACUGCAAGGCUCUUGCACCCGAGUACGAGGAGGCCGCCACAACCCUCAAGGAGAAGAACAUUGCCCUGGCCAAGAUCGACUGCACCGAGGAGGCCGACCUCUGCCGCGACCACGGUGUUGAGGGCUACCCAACCCUCAAGGUCUUCAGAGGCCUCGACAAUGUCUCCCCUUACAGCGGCCAGCGCAAGGCCCCUGCCAUCGUCUCGUACAUGACCAAGCAGUCCCUCCCCGCCGUUUCCAUCGUCGACAAGGCCACCAUUGAGGACUUCAAGACCGCCGACAAGGUCGUCCUGGUCGGUUACUUCGCCGCCGACGACAAGGCUUCCAACGAAACUUUCACCGCUGCCGCCAACGGCCUCCGCGACAACUUCCUUUUCGGUGCCACCAGCGACGCCGCUUUGGCCAAGGCCGAGGGUGUCAAGCAACCCUCGAUCGUUCUCUACAAGAGCUUCGACGAGGGUAAGAACACCUUCGACGAGAAGUUCACCAAGGAGGCCAUCACCACCUUCGCCAACACUGCCUCCGUUCCUCUGAUCGGUGAGGUCGGCCCCGAGACCUACUCUACCUACAUGGCUGCUGGUAUUCCUCUCGCCUACAUUUUCGCCGAGACUCCCGAGGAGCGCGAGACUCUUUCCGCCUCCCUCAAGUCGGUCGCCGAGAAGCACAAGGGCAAGGUCAACUUUGCUACCAUCGACGCCAAGGCCUUCGGCCAGCACGCUGGUAACCUCAACCUCGAGGUCGGCAAGUGGCCCGCCUUCGCCAUUCAGGACACUCAGAAGAACCAGAAGUUCCCCUUCGAGGGCACUGACCUCUCCGAGAAGAAGAUCGCCAAGUUCCUCGACGAAUUCACUGCUGGCAAGGUCGACCCCAGCAUCAAGUCCGACCCCAUCCCCAAGAAGAACGACGGCCCCGUCACCAUCAUUGUCGCCAAGAACUACGACGAGAUUGUCAUGAACGCCGACAAGGAUGUUCUGGUUGAGUUCUACGCCCCCUGGUGCGGUCACUGCAAGUCCCUUGCUCCCAAGUACGAGGAGCUCGGUGAGCUGUUCAAGCCCCACUCCAACAAGGUCACCAUCGCAAAGGUCGAUGCCACCACCAACGACGUCCCCGACGAGAUCCAAGGUUUCCCCACCAUCAAGCUCUUCCCCGCUCACGGCAAGGGUGAGCCCAUUGAGUACAGCGGUGCCCGCACCGUCGAGGACCUCGCCGCCUUCAUCACCGAGAACGGUAGCCACAAGAUUGCCGCUGACGCCAAGAGCGACGACGUCGAGACUGAGGGUAUGCCCAAGCAGGCUGAGGCUGCCACUGAGGGUGUCGCCGCUAGAGUCGCCGGUGCCGUCAAGGAUGCAGUUGUCGAGCAGGCUGGCGAGGCUGCUGCCGUCCUCAAGGACGGUCUCAUGGACAGCGAGGGCGACAUGGGUGAGCACGAUGAGCUUUAA